CAUGGGCGAGACCAAGAUCAUCUACCACCUGGACGGGCAGGAGACGCCGUACCUGGUGAAGCUGCCCCUGCCCGCCGAGCGCGUCACCUUGGCGGACUUUAAGGGCGUUCUGCAGCGACCCAGCUAUAAAUUCUUCUUUAAGUCUAUGGACGACGAUUUCGGAGUGGUGAAGGAGGAGAUCUCGGACGACAAUGCCAAGCUGCCUUGCUUUAAUGGCCGGGUGGUGUCCUGGCUGGUGUCAGCUGAGGGCUCACACCCAGAGCCAGCUCCCUUCUGUGCUGAUAACCCUUCAGAGCUGCCACCGCCCAUGGAACGCACAGGAGGCAUUGGGGACUCCCGGCCCCCAUCCUUCCACCCUCAUGCUGGUGGGGGCAGCCAGGAGAACUUGGACAAUGACACAGAGACGGACUCAUUGGUGUCUGCCCAGCGGGAGCGGCCUCGCAGGAGGGACGGCCCAGAACACACAACCCGGUUAAAUGGAACUGCAAAGGGGGAACGACGGCGAGAACCAGGGGGUUACGACAGCUCCUCUACCCUCAUGAGCAGCGAGUUGGAGACCACCAGCUUCUUUGAUUCAGAAGAGGAUGACUCCACCAGCAGGUUCAGCAGCUCCACAGAACAGAGCAGUGCCUCACGCCUGAUGAGAAGACACAAACGGCGGCGGCGGAAGCAGAAGGUUUCCCGGAUUGAGCGGUCCUCAUCCUUCAGCAGCAUCACGGACUCCACUAUGUCACUCAACAUCAUCACGGUCACUCUCAACAUGGAAAAGUAUAACUUCUUGGGCAUCUCCAUUGUGGGCCAAAGCAAUGAGCGCGGUGACGGAGGCAUCUACAUUGGCUCUAUCAUGAAGGGCGGGGCCGUGGCUGCUGAUGGACGUAUUGAGCCAGGAGAUAUGCUGUUACAGGUAAACGAGAUCAACUUUGAGAACAUGAGUAAUGACGAUGCAGUCCGAGUACUGCGGGAGAUUGUGCACAAACCAGGGUAUGGAUGGGAUGGGGCACUGCAGAGGAGGUGGCAGGCAUUCAGGCAGGGACUUGAUCUGGCCUCCAAACAUCCUUUCCUCACUAAGGACACCCUUGCUUUCAGGCCCAUCACCUUGACUGUAGCCAAGUGCUGGGACCCAAGUCCACGUGGUUGCUUCACAUUGCCCAGGAGCGAGCCCAUCCGUCCCAUUGACCCUGCGGCCUGGGUCUCCCACACUGCAGCCAUGACUGGCACCUUCCCUGCCUACGGCAUGAGCCCCUCCUUGAGCACCAUCACCUCCACCAGCUCCUCCAUCACCAGCUCCAUCCCUGACACAGAACGCCUAGAUGACUUCCACCUGUCCAUCCACAGUGACAUGGCCGCCAUUGUGAAAGCCAUGGCCUCCCCUGAAUCUGGACUAGAGGUCCGAGACCGCAUGUGGCUCAAGAUCACUAUCCCCAACGCUUUCAUUGGCUCGGAUGUAGUGGACUGGCUGUACCACAAUGUGGAAGGCUUCACUGAUCGUCGAGAGGCCCGCAAGUAUGCCAGCAACCUGCUGAAAGCUGGUUUCAUCCGCCAUACUGUCAACAAGAUCACCUUCUCUGAGCAGUGCUACUACAUCUUUGGCGACCUCUGUGGCAACAUGGCCAACUUGUCCCUCCACGAUCACGAUGGCUCCAGCGGUGCCUCUGACCAGGACACACUAGCCCCUUUGCCGCAUCCGGGGGCCGCCCCUUGGCCCAUGGCUUUCCCUUACCAGUAUCCACCACCCCCGCACCCCUACAACCCGCACCCAGGCUUCCCCGAGCUGGGGUACAGCUAUGGCGGGGGCAGUGCCAGCAGUCAGCACAGUGAAGGCAGCCGGAGCAGUGGCUCCAACCGUAGCGGCAGCGACCGGCGGAAGGAGAAGGACCCGAAGGCUGGGGACUCGAAGUCAGGCGGCAGCGGCAGCGAGUCGGACCACACAACUCGCAGCAGCCUGCGGGGGCCACGGGAGCGGGCGCCCAGCGAGCGCUCGGGGCCUGCCGCGAGCGAGCACAGCCACCGCAGCCACCACUCGCUGGCCAGCAGCCUGCGCAGCCAUCACACACACCCGAGCUACGGCCCCCCUGGCGUGCCCCCUCUCUACGGCCCCCCCAUGUUGAUGAUGCCCCCUCCGCCCGCGGCCAUGGGACCCCCAGGAGCCCCUCCGGGCCGUGACCUGGCCUCAGUGCCCCCCGAACUGACUGCCAGCAGACAGUCCUUCCGCAUGGCCAUGGGAAACCCCAGUGAGUUCUUUGUGGAUGUGAUGUGAGCAGGGCCCCUCCCCCACUCCCAUCCUACCCUUAACCUGGCUGGCUGCGUCCCUCUCUCCAUCUGUCCAGUCUUUUUUACUUUGUUUGGUACCUGAAAGGGAAAUAAACGGAACUAAAUCCAGGCGCGCUAACUGCUCGCUGGGCUCAGCAAGGGCGGGGUGCACCCACCCAUCGCUAUUGCAGCCCCUAACCUGCCUUCAGCCCCUGCUUGUCCCUCUGCCCACUAACCGCUGCACAGGACUUCCCAGGAUACUCGACUUGCUGGUGCUGCUCCUUACUCCCUUCACCUGUGCACACAAUUCGGGAAGUGACCCCAACUGUACCCUUCAGGGUCUCCUCAGCUCUUUAUCCCCACCAUUACCCCCACCUCAGUUCUCUUUCACCAUUCAUUCAGCUAGCCAUCCCCUAUUAACCUCAUCCCCACAAGCAUGUGUGCCAAUCUCUGAACUUUUCCCCCUACAAUACUGACACCAAAAAAAGCAAAACUUGUUUGAUCUGCCCCUCUUAAUUGUUCCUUGCCUGCUGCCUGCACCCUAGAGUUGUGGUUUCAGUAACUAUCCAUGCUAUCCCCGCCUGCGCUGGCCCUUACCAGAAGCCCAGUGGGGGCCUUAGUUGCCUGAUCUGCUAGUGGCUUCCAGGGAGCAUCUCUGCUCUACCCCACCACCAUUCCUUCCCUGCAAAUGUGUGCUGGUUCCCUCAGACCUGUAACCCUACUAACCAGCAGGCUCAUCUCACCUCUGGGCCUGAAACAUUUCUUUUCUUUCUUUUUUCCUCCCCCAAUUUUCCUGGGCCUGGAGCAGCCAAGAAUUUCGGGCUGUUUGACUUUCUGUGAGCCCCCAGCGAGGGGAGGCCCAGCCUCCAAGGAGACCAGGAACCCUGCUUCAGCAGCCCCUCAGGGCUUCCUAAGGAUAUUCAGGCCUCCCCCUUACCCCCUCCCCCUCCACACACACACUUCAACAUGUUGAGUCACUAGGCUUCUGGGGAGGGCCCGAGCCCCUUUCCCAUAUAUGAGAGAUUCUGUUAAUCUUUCCAGAGAGUAUGUGU